UCAAUCAAUCACAUCCCAACUCAUCUCAUCCAUUUACCUCUCCCCAUUCAAACCAACCCAACACAAAGCCUCCAUCCUCAACAAACAACGAGAAAAGAAAGAGAAAAGACACCGAAAAUGCCACCCACCAAACAAGAACUCUCCCUCCUCAUCAACCCACUCGUCCCGGAAUCCGUCCAACACAACAAUAGGACCCUAACCUCCCUCCACUCCCUCACCUCCUUCCUCCUCGGUCUCACAGCCGGAAUCCUCUCCCUGCAAUCCACAACCGGCUUCCUGUUCUACCUCCUCGGCACAAUCCUCGUCUCGGGAUUAUUCCAUAUCCUUCUCCUCUACCGGUCUGGGGGCCUCGGCGCGGGAAUGUACUUCGCGGGCGCGAAUGGCGAGUUUCAAGGCGUGGAUGAGAAAGGUGUUGUUAGGGAUGGGAAGAUGUUGAGGAAGGGCGCUUGGAAGGAUGUUUGGUUUGGGGGCGGUGUUUUGGGAGAGGCGCUUUCGGGGUUUGUUUUGGGGUGGGCGGGUGUUGGGGGGUUUUGA